AUGUUCCAGUUUCUAAUAAGCGGAUUUAAUUCGGAAGCAGAGAUGGACGAGAAACAGGUCUUCGCCUUCCCUGAGGGUAACGGAACAAAAACCUUUCUUGUGAGGAUAGAAUAUUUUAAUGUCGAUUCGAAAAAAGCGAACGUCACUGUACCACCUAAGCCAACGACACGCAAACCAGUGCAACCAACCACGUCCAGAUCAAUCCAACCAGGCUCAGACAAAUGUAAGCUGAACAACGGAAUGAACGAUGCAAUCCGAAACGACUUCUUGAAUGAGCAUAAUAGGUUGAGAUCAUUUACGGCUAACGGUUUGGCUAAAAAUCCCCUCGGUACGAAUGGCUACGCACCAAAAGGGGCCAGAAUACUGAAAAUGGUUUACGAUUGUUCAGUCGAGGAAACUGCCGCGAUACAUGCGAAUAAAUGCGUAUUCAAACAUACCGUGGGGGGUAAAAAUGGAGAAAACCUCUGGGCAAUUUUUCCGAAACAGGAAAAUAUUACGGGGAUGGGUAAAACGGCCACCUAUUCAUGGUUCAUCGAAUUAGAGAAAUUCGGAAUGCCACCAGAUAAUAUUCUUACCGACGAGAUUUGGAAUCGUCCAAACAUGCCAGUUGGUCAUUACACCCAGGUGAGUACAUUAUUUGUUGUUUGCUGUUUUUCCCAAUCACAACGACGACUGGUUCAAAGGUGGUGUAUGAAAGUUCGUACAAGCUCGGCUGUGGUAUUGCAGUGUGCUCAGACAAGACACUUGUCGUCUGCCAAUACUCACCUCCGUAUGUCAUAUCUUUUCCACUUCUUUCUAGAAAACGUUCUAAGGAAAAAUGCUUUAUUGAACUAUUUUAGUGGCAACUACAUUGGAAGUACAAUUUACACCAUAGGAGAGCCGUGUAAAACUGACAGUGAUUGCCAGUGCGACGGUUGCAAAUGUAGCCCCGACGAAGCACUCUGCAUCAAGCCGAACUAG